AUGAUUGAGAUAACUGUUAAUGAUCGUCUCGGUAAGAAAGUCCGUGUAAAGUGUAACCCUCAAGAUACGAUCGGAGAUUUAAAAAAAUUGAUUGCUUUGCAAACAGGAACAAGACACGAAAAAAUCGUGCUCAAGAAGUGGUACACCAUCUACAAAGACCACAUCACUCUUCAAGAUUAUGAGAUUCACGAAGGAUUCAACUUUGAAUUGUAUUAUCAAUAA